AGUAGCGACGAAGAUGACGAAGGCGAUGUCAAAUUGCUACCUUGCUCUCAUGAAAUCAAGCUUGGUGGGCAUAGUCGUCCAGUCUCUGGACUGGCAUUGGAUCCUUCUGGUGCGCGCGUCGUGACAGGCUCUCGCGAUGGACAGCUUUGUCUAUGGGACUUUGGCGGUAUGUCAGCAGAGCGACGUCCCUUCAAGACCACACAAACGCAAGAGGGUCAUCAGAUUCGUGCUUGUUCAUUCAAUGCAACUGGUCGUUUGAUCUUGGUUGUCGCGGCGACUUGGCAACCCACCAUUCUCACACGCGAUGGAGACGACGUUGGGCAAAUAGUUCGAGGAGACCCGUAUCUGCGAGACCUGAAAGGAACGGCUGGUCAUGUUUCCGAAUGUACCGGAGGCGCUUGGCACCCGAAGCUGGCUGAGCAAUGCGCUUCUAGCUCUGCUGACUCGACUAUUCGACUAUGGGACGUCAACAAUUUCAAGCGGUGCAAGCAAGUUCUUGUGCACAAGGCGCGUGUAGCGGGUCAAGGCAAAAUCAAGUGCAGUGCAAUGGCGUACAGCACAGACGGUAAGAUGAUCGGUGGCGCCUAUGCAGAUGGCACGCUUAGCUUAUGGUCGACAGAUGGACCAACGCACCGUCCUAUGGGAGGUAUAGUGCUCGAAGCGCAUGGCGUUGGUGAUACGGUGACUGGCCUCGCCUUCUCGCAAGAUGGGCAUUCGUUUGCAUCAAGAGGGGCCUCGGUCGUGAAGCUCUGGGACCAGCGCAUGUUCAAGUCACCUAUUCACUCAACCAAUCAGCCUCUGCCUAAUCGCGACUACGAAGAGACAAAUGUCCUCUUCUCGCCAAACAACCAGCAAAUCUUGACUCCGACGUCGCAGGGUAGUUCGGCACACAUUGCUGUCUUCAGCAGCAAAACUUUGGAUCUCCUGCAGCGGAUAGCCUUUUCUUCUCCUUGUAUGCGCGUUGACUAUCACGCCAAGUUGGACCAAAUUCUGGCAGCCCAUGCCGAUGGUACAGUUUCGGUGCUGUUUGAUCCCGAUCGAUCCUCUCAUGGAGCCAAGCUGGUUCUUGCAAAGGCGCCCAAACAUAGGCACGUCGACGAUCUUGCAGAAACAAUGGCGGUAGAGACCAUUGCCUAUGAUGCAGAUGCUGAAAAGGCUGGUGCGGAUCCCGUGUUGGGCGGCGGUAGCUCGGCGAUGCUCAAACGCAUGCAGACUGAAGCUCGCAAGGAUCCGAAAAGAUCUCACCGUCCUGAUUUGCCCUCCGAUGAACGUAAGCUGGAGAGGAAAGUGAUUGACAGUGCAAGACAGUAUCUGGAGGAAGAUCCCAGAGAGGCGUUGCUCAAGUACGACCAAAAGGCCAAGGAAAAGCCUAUGUUUACGAGCGUCUAUGGCGAUGCGCCGACAAUUUUCGCAGAGCCGGAUGAGCAAGAAGAUGAU